UGAAAGCUUCAUGCAGCUGCAAAGCUCUAGAUAAAGAUGGCGUCCAGCUGCGGGCGCUCCGUGCCUCAUCUGGCAGGCCUGCAAAGACUGACCGCAACCGCAUGCAGCCUGCCUUCUAGACAGUUGAGUUGCAGCUAUACUAUGAAAAUCCCAUCGCAGCUUGCUCAGCUUGGCUCAGGGCAAUGGAAAACCUGGAAACGCUUAACAGCAAUCAGGCAAAGUGUGCGUGAUUCGUGCUCUCUGAUCUACUGCAAAGCCUUGACUGGCUCGCAGGGAAGCUUGGAACCCGAGACACUAGAUGGUCUUCCGCUCAUGGAGCCCUGCGAAUUUGUGGAGUCAAUUGACGGGUAUCUAAACAUGGAGGAGGCUCUGAAAAGCGGGAAAAAGCGGAGACUUAGUCCAGCAGAGCAGUGGGAAAUCACUGAGUCCGAGGACGGCAAGGGAAGGACGUUGAGGAUGAAGGAGGACUGGAGAGAGUACGUCACAUUCAAAGAUGUCCUGAAGCAGGUUCGGGAGGGUCGGACCUAUCACGGGGAAACCCUUGAGUAACAAGCUGGGUUGGCUGUGCCACGUUGCAGAGGACUACGAUUUUGUCAAGUUUUUGGACUAUGGCGCUGAUGAGGUCGAAGCAAGCAUGAGAUGGGAUUAUGAGCAGUGCAAUAACCUGUGCAAAGGGCUGGGGAUAGACUUCCGCGAGGUGAAGGUGCAUCUAGGAUGGGCAGCAGGAUAUGCCAAGGGGAUUGGCAGGGGCGAUUGUCUGUUUUGUUAUGGGGCCGCAAAUGAAUUUGAGAGACACGACCUAGAGCACGUUGUGCUGAGCAUCAAACCCGAGGAGGAAGAGCCAAGUGGCCAGGAGAGCAAUGCAGAUGUCCUGGAGGUUCCGCUACAGGACUUGAACGUCGACUUGCUUGAACAGUACUGCUCUCCAGCCCCCUACGGCGACCUUCUCAACGAGUCCACGCAAGUCGACCCCUCGGUGCGCCGGGCCUUGGAGGCCCGCUUCAAGCUGGAGAAGCCGGCCGACGUCAUCAGGAGGGCACGCGACAAGUGGGACCUUCGCAACAGCAAGAUCCUCUUCGAGUCGAAGGUGCGCGCUGCAGUGAUAGAAAAGCUGUGCUUCAAUCAAAGGGUUCACCUAGAGCCCUACAAGCUGAACAUCUACGGCCCCGGGGACUUCUUCCGGCCACACGUUGACACCCCGGUCGACCCGGAGCUUUUCAUCGGCACGGCCGUUGUCUGCCUCCCUUCCGAAUUCACCGGGGGAGAGCUGGUUGUGACGCACGGGAGCACCACCCAAACGUUCAAUUUCGCAACUAGGUCUGGCGAAAAGAAACUCUUCCAGUUCGCUGCGUUCUUUGGCGACUGCCCGCACGAGAUCAAGCCCGUGACCAGCGGUCGCCGCGUCACGCUGACGUACCACAUCCUGCGCGUGCGCGAACCUGCACUAACUGAUCAAAACUUCGACGAGACUGCGUAUACGGACUACGCGUUUCCGCUGCAGUCGGACAACUCCCGCCAGGAGACUGUCCGUGACCAGUUCAAGGCUGAGCUGCGGACCCUGUCGUCGCUUGGGCUGCCGUACGUGGGCUUUCUCCUCCAACAUGAGUACACGCAAAGCGGUGCAGUCAAAGAGGGCCUGAAAGGCAGCGACAGGAUGUUUUACGAGCUUCUUACGAGGGAAGGCUGGCCUUGCCGCUUCGUUCCAAUUCUUCUCGUGAGCAAAUGGGACCGGGACUUCUUGGAUCACGAGUGUGUUGUGGAAGUUCUCUCUUUCACAAACGAGGAUUACAAGUUUCUGACAGAGGAGAGAGACAACCAGCCAGCCCUUGGAUACAAAGUCAAGAUUCCGUUCAUGUGGUACAACGAGGACAAUUACGGGAGGCUCCUGCAGAACCUGGAGACUGGGGAACGAUUCCUUGGGAACUCCUCUGUACCCGGGAAAGAGCUCAAAAUCUACCUUCAAGCAGCGAUGAUUGUGGACUUACGACCGGUUAAAGCGGCCGGGGGGCCUGUCACUGUAGCGAACAAGGAAGAUGAGGAGGAGGACGAAGGCAUAUGGUGGGAGUAUUGGUCAGGGGACGAUGACCCUCUCGAGGAGGAGAGCGACGAGCAUUUCUUUAAAACCAGUGCGUGGCGCGAGUCGUUUAAGUAG